AUGUCCGACACAACUGUUCCCACAUUAGGUUAUUUUAAGGCCCGGGGUGUGAGUCAACCCAUACGACUAUUGCUGAAGUAUAAGGGCGUGGAUUUUAUCGACAAACACUAUGACAGUCCGGGCGCUGAUACUGACGAAGCGUUUAAAGGUAAUUGGGUAAAAGCUAAAUUCACCCUGGGUCUCGACUUUCCCAACGUACCAUAUUACAUCGAUGGUGAAGUAAAACUAACAAAGAGUACAGUCAUUAUGCGAUAUGUGGCCCGAAAGCACGGACUGAUGGCCACCGACGAGACCGGACUCACACGACAGGAUGUGUUGGAGCAACAGUUGAUGGAUAUCAGGAGCGGAUACUCAAACCUAUUGCAAAGCAAAGACUAUGAGACCGAAAAGAUUAAAUAUGUGGCCAAAACACUGCCCCAACAGUUGGACAGUUUGUGCCGGUUUUUGGGUACCCGUCAGUGGUUUACCGGUAAUCACAUUAAUUAUGUAGACUUUAUAGUCUAUGAACAGAUAGAUGUUUUCCGUCUUCUCAGUCUCGAGACCGUCAAUAAAUACCAGAAUUUGGUUCAAUUCUUAACCCGUUUUGAGAGUUUACCGGCGAUUAAGGCAUAUAUGAAAUCACCGGAGUUUAUAAGUUGGCCAAUCACUGGACCUGCCUUUCCCUGGGGUUUCAAGAAAUUAAUUUAUAUUUAUCCUUCAAUAUCUUAA